AUGAGGGACACACUAAACCUCCUACAAUAUAACGUGCACAACUCUGCGAGAGUUAUGGUCAAUGUGUAUGCACCUCCUCCAGGGGGCUACAGCAGUGAACCGGAGGAAUCCCCCAUAGGCCAGCUGCAGGAGGUAGCCGGAAUGGGCACAGAUGCAGAGCUGGUCAUAUUAGGAGAUCUUAAUGUCCACCAUGAGAGGCUGGGUCUCCAGCUUGCCACACCUGUAGGGGCUACCACAUGGCAGGACAGAGGCAGCCCAGGGACGACUAUAGACCUCACCUUUCUAUCACCACUCCUGCACGACAAGCUCAGGAGGUGUGCAAUAGCGGAGGAGGCAUGCAAAGGAUCUGACCAUAAGCCCAUGGAAACAACACUGGAACUCACACCCAUCCCAAAGGAGGCUGAGAGACGAAACUGGAAGAAUGCGGAGCCUGAGGAGGUAGCAAGGGACUGCCAAAAGCUAUAUGUGCCACAAAGCCUGGACUCCAGGCAAGCAGUCAAGGAGUAUGCAGACUACCUGGUAGGAUUUGUAGGGACAUUAGCGGACAAACACGCCACCGUAAGUAAGGCUGGGUUAAAAUCCAAGACAUGGUGGUCACCGAGGAUGGCCAAGGCAGUGGAGGAGUACAAGCAGGCUAGGAGGUCCCAGCUCCCAGAAAUGGAGCGGCUCAGGGCACGCUGCAAACGCAACAGAGAAAUCCACUUGGCUAAGACAGCAAACUUCAGAGAUCUGGUUGACAGGACCCGUGAUGACCCCAGAUUGAUGUGGGGACUGGCAAAAUGGGGCAAGGAAAGAAGCCAUCUGCCCCCACAGGCACCUACUGUCCCCCCCCUGAGAACAGGGAAAGGGGCUGACGCGACGGUAGAAACCUCUUUUGAGGGGAAGGCUGAGGCAUUACGACAACGGUUCUUCCCACAGCCAGAGCCCGCCGACUUAAGUGACACCAAUAUGGAGCUGCUGCAAGCUGAAAGGGAAGCGUCAAAUGACACCAUCAGUGUGGAGGGACAUGGAAAGCCUGAUCCAGAGACUGCCAAACAGGAAGGCACCAGGGAGGAGUGGGAUCACCAACGAGUUCCUUAA